UUGACGGUCCCCAAUAAGUUGCACUAACGACUCGGUCUGCACUAAACCGAACCGGCGCGAAACCGGUCCGAAAAAGACUUAACUAACAAUAGCCCCCAUUAAGUGUUCGAAUCGGAUUGAAUCAUCAUCGUCCACGAACCCUUCCUCCUCCUCCGAUUCGGCGAGGGUUUGAGUUUGAGGCGUUUUGGGUUCGGACCGGCGAUUAAUGACGACGCCCAGACGGCGGAAGUUUAAGGCGGAGCCGCAGCAACAGCCAGCCACUCUCCCUUCCCCUUCCCCCGCCUUCUUCCACGCCGCAACCACCAGGGUUGCCGUCGCGCAGAUCUGCCUGGCUACGGGCUACUCCGCCGCGGAGCCCUCCUCCCUCCGUGCGCUCUCCGACAUUGCCGCCCUCUACCUCCAGGCCCUGGGCCGCGCCGCCGCUUCCGUGGCCGCCGCCCACCACCGCACCGAUUCCAAUCUCCUCGACCUCGUGCGGGCGAUAGAGGAUCUCAGCGCCGCGAAGGGCUUCCCCGGCGGAUCCGACCCUACUGGGCAGCCGCUCCGCUCGUGCGCGCUCAGGGAGUUGAAGGAGUUUGUGGAGUUGGUGGAGGAGAUCCCCUUCGCGAAGCCGAUCCCUCGAGGGGGGGAGGAGGAGCAGAGAACAACGUGGAGGAGCUUUGCAGCUGCCGGCAAGGAGCCGCCCCCGCACGUGCCGUCGUGGCUGCCCUGCUUCCCGGAAGAGCCAAGAAAUAAGGAAAUGAAGGAGCAGAGAACGACGUGGGGGAGUUUCGCAGCUGCGGCCAGGGAGUCACCCCAGCAUGUGCCGUCGUGGCUGCCGUGCUUACCGGAAGAUAGGGAAAUGGAACCGUCGACGGAGAAGAAAAGGAAAACGGCGGUGGAAUUGCCGGCCGAGAGGGAAAAGGUUGUGUUUCGGCUGGGCUUCGGAAAGAGGAAGCCAGCACUUGGACACCGCGGAAAAUGGAAGGAAACAUAGAAAUAUUUGGAUGUUUGGCCGGCCGUUUGGGGAUGGAAAUAUCUUUCAUCAAGUAAUGGAUGUAUAAUAGGCUAGGCGUGGGAUUCGAACCGUGGUGCCUGGGAAGCAAUUCGCAGCGAUCACCACCAAGGCAGCAAUUAGAUAGAUUAAUGCUUUUGAAAUUUUUUUUAUAUCUUAAGUAAUUAUGUUUAAACCAGACUUAAUUUACG